GUCACCAACUGCCCGGCUAGCUCCACGGCUAUCAAGACCUCCCUCGUUGCUAUCUCUACCACUAGCUUCGCUGCUACGGAGACUGCUGCUGUUCCUGCUGGCUCUGCUCCGGCUGGCUCUGCUCCCGUUCCCGCUGGUUCCGCCCCUGUCCCCGCUGGCUCUGCCCCCGUCCCCGCUGGCUCCGCCCCGGCCACCUCCGACAUCUCCGGCGAGACCUCCGCCCCCGCAGCCUCUGGCCCCGCGCCCUCUGCCCCGGCCGGCUCUGCCCCCGUCCCUGCUGGCUCCGCUCCUGCCUCUGGCGUCUCCGGCGAGACCUCUGCUCCUGCUGCUGGUCCCGAGACUGUCUACGCUACCCAGCUGUACACCAUCACCUCGUGCGGUCCUGAGGUCACCAACUGCCCCGCUAGCUCCACUGCCAUUAAGACUUCGGUUGUUGCUGUCUCUACGGCUAGCUUCACUGCCCCGGCCCCUGCCGGCUCUGCGCCCGCUGGCUCUGCUCCCGCCGGUACCGCACCCGCUCCCGCUGGAGUCACCCCUGCCCCUGUCCCCGCUGGCUCCGCGCCCGCUGGCUCCGCCCCUGCCGGCCCCGCCUCAUCAGUUGCGGGCCUGACGUCCGCGCCGGCCAACACCCCCGCCGCGGCCACUGGCCCCACCGGCUCGCCCAUGACGACGAUCUCGAUCGAGCAGACGCUGACAGUGCCGUGCACGGCGACGGAGGGCAGCGCGAUCGGCUCCGUCAUCGAGGGCAGCAGCACCGUCUCCGUCCUCUCGACGACCAUCACCGUCCCGCAAGUCGCCUUCACGACCAACGUCGUCACCGUCGGCACCGUCGUCACCACGCAGACGGGCCUCGCCGCCGGCACACCCGCCCCCGUCUCCGCUACCAGCACCGUCGAUGCCCCGGCCUCGACUGGCAUCCUCGGCGCUAGCUCCACUAUCCAGAGCGUCUUUGUCGGCGGCACUCCCCUGCCCACCGGCACGCCUACCCCCACGCCCGCGUUCCCUGUCUACACGGGCGCAGCGGCGGCGGUCAAUGCUAAGAACGUGUUCGGCGCUGCGGCGGCUGGUGGCCUGGCUGCUCUGCUGCUGCUGUAA